AUGGCUUUCCUCAGAUUCCGGUUAGAGGCUGCCAACAGGCCCCCUGCCCCGGUUCCUAUCGCUGCUGCUGUGUCCCGACCUCGGCCAAGGGGGCAAGACGGCAACGUGCAGCAUCAUUCACGUCCAGGAAUUGGCCCCCAGGCAGUAUCUGAUGAGAAGCAACCUCCAAUCUGCGACGGAGAACUGCCUGGAGGAUGCCUCCGAUGUUUGCGGCGGAAUAAGGAAUGUAUUCUGUAUCCACCAUCGCAAAUAGCUUCCGUGGAAAAUCCUACGACCCGGGCAGCAUCACGCUCCUCCAGUCCUAAACUGCAUGCGCAACAACCUCAUAGUGGAACAGCUUUCUUUGAUCGUCAAGGAGCAGGAGAGAGACAUGAGCUUGAUGACGACUUAGACAUGGACGCACCUGCGACUUUUCAAGGAGAACCCACCAACGCCACAUGGUCGUCUCACCCAUUAUCUUGCAGUCGAAGCGAGCAAUUUGGGCGCAUGAUGAACUCUAUCCUCAGCCCAGAAAUAGCUGAGCAGAUCUUUCAUGAGUACGUAGAUAAUUUCGCUCCGAAAUGCCCAGUUGUUAUGUUUCCAACUGGCACAACGGCUGCGCUUGUGCGAGAGACCAAACCAUUGCUCUUCCUGUCAAUAAUUAGCAUCGCUUCUGCUGGAUACUGCAGCGCCGCCCAGCAGAGAGACUUGACAGUUAAAGCCAAGUUUUAUCUGGCAAACCGAGCUAUUGUUCGUGGUGAAAAAUCUCUUGAGCUUGUUCAAGCUCUUCAGGUCGCGGCUUUUUGGUACAGAGCACCAGAUGAUUAUAAGCAAAUGAACCUCAGCCAGCUAGCUUCUAUUGCCACAACUAUGGCCAUAGAUCUUGGGUUGGAUACUUUGGAGGCAUCAAAGCCAGCUGGCACAGCCGAGGAGUUGUGGGAUCGGGUGGAAGCACAGCGUGCUUGGCUCGGUUGUCUUCUUUUAUCUGCAAGUCUAUCUUUAAUAUUGAGACGGCCCAAUUCUCUCGCCUGGAGUCCGCAGUAUGAUGACUAUGUGGCCGAUUUGCGACGGGCCAAAGUAUCCCCUACGGAUGAGCUUUUAUGCACAAUUGUAACAACGGAGUCUAUUUGCCACGCAAUUCAUAAAGAGCUAUUCCUGAGUGAUCCAGUCUCUUCCGUAUGCUUAUCUGACUCGAAAAUAUCCAUCGAAGUCCAAAAGCACAAGUCUCAAAUCGAAAGCCUGCCUCUCAACCAAAUAUCCUCUCUUGACAAAUCUCUGGUCGAAUUUGGUAGCUUUGCCAGCUUACUGUAUUUACAUGAGCCUAUCUUACACGUCAACGACAACAUUGUUGAGUUCAAGGCCCCUUUUAGUGUGAAGUCCUUGGAGACGUGCAAUUUCAUCGACACGCACGAUUUCGACCCAUCCUUCCUUUUUAUGCUUCGCACCAUCAUACGGGCGGCGCAAGGACUGCUUGAUUGUUUCUUAAGGUUAUCGACGUCUGACAUGAUGGCGUUACCGCCGCAUAUCUAUGGUGGUCGCGUGAUAUAUGCGAUGAUACUUCUGUUGAAAGUACAAAGGGCAAUCACAUUAUCAGGGCGGGCAAUAAGCGAAUGUGUCACUUCUGAUGAAUUACGAAUAGAAAUGUACCUUGAACACCUCGUGCGUGUUUCAAAGAGGCUCAUUGCGGAAGAUGACCGCAGUGCUCUAAGCAGGGCAUUCCUAUUCAUGCCUCAGCUGAUGCAGUGGUGGCACAGUUACCAAACCAAGACCUUGCCCCGAUCAGACGAAACUGAAAUGACGGAAGGUCUGUCAUUUCGGACCGGUGAUGGGCCAUUGAGCCCUGCAGCACAAACACCGAGGGCAACCGUUUGUGUCCCUUCGACCCAUACGCAGACGCCAAUAAUAACCCAUCUUGAGCCAAUGGACGGCCUUGGACAAUCGGACGCGCUUACCCAGCCUACCAAAGCUUCCGAUGAUCCGAAUGUACACAAUGAGGGUCCAGAGUUUGAGCCAUAUCAGCAUGAACUAGCAUCUGACUCUUGGUUUUGGGAAUUCUUCAACGUCGACAUGCUCCAUCAGAAUGACCAUUCAUCAUGA